AUGAACUUUCGUUCCGUCUUGAGUUUUUCAGAGGAGGACAAGAUCGGAACCAUCCAACCCCACGAUGAUGCGUUGUUGAUCACUCUUAGAAUUGGGGACUACGAUGUAAACAGAGUGAUGGUGGAUGGCGGCAGUGCGGCCGAGGUUAUGUACCCUGACCUCUACAAGGGGCUGGGGUUAAAACUAGAAGAUUUGAUGCCCUAUAACUCUCCUCUGAUAAGCUUCGACGGGAAGCUUGUCAUUGCAAAGGGCAUGAUUAGGCUGCCCAUUCAGACCGGCCCAGAGAUAGUGGAGGUGAACUUCAUCGUGGUGGACACCUAUUCCCCCUAUACAGCCAUCGUCGAUAAGCCUUGGCUCCAUACCUUAGGGGCUGUUGCUUCCUCAUUGCAUCAAAAGAUGAAAUUCCCGCCAGGGGACCAAGUUCUCGAAAUCUGUGGUUGCCAACCCAUGGCGAGGCAAUGUGUGGUAGCGGCUGUUUCACAUCGGCUCAAUGCGGAAUCCUCGGCCUCCACUGAGAAGAAUUUAUAG